AUCUCUAACUAUUCGGUUAGCGUCUUUCACUUAAUGAAUCACGCGUUUUUCAAAGCAUUACUAUUCCUGAGUGCAGGUUCGGUGAUUCAUGCCAUGUCGGAUGAGCAAGAUAUGCGGAAGAUGGGGGGGCUUGCCUCCUCGUUCCCUUUUACCUAUGCCAUGAUGCUCAUGGGCAGCUUAUCUCUAAUUGGAUUUCCUUUUCUAACUAGAUAUUAUUCCAAAGAUGUGAUCUUAGAGCUCGCUUACACUAAGUAUACCAUCAGUGGGAACUUUGCUUUCUGGUUGGGAAGUGUCUCUGUCCUUUUCACUUCUUAUUACUCUUUUCGUUCACUUUUUCUAACAUUUCUAGUACCAACUAAUUCAUUCGGGCGAGACAUCUUACGAUGUCAUGAUGCGCCCAUUCCUAUGGCCAUUCCUUCAAUACUUCUGGCUCUCGGGAGUCUCUUUGUAGGAUACUUGGCCAAAGUGUGACCUGUUAGCCCAUAAGUAAGUACUG